GUUACGAUCAUCUAUAUUUCUUCUUUAUCUUUAGUGAUAAUAUUAUGAUAGUUGAUGACCCCUGGAACAACUGGCUGUCUCAUAACGAUAUUGGUCAAGCAAUCGUAAUCUUCUUCUAACAUUUAACAUUAAAAUGCGAAUAGUGCUUUCUUCUCCAUCAAGGUUAUCUGUUAUCGCUGCGCCAGUUAUUAAUUUAAGAAACUCAAGAAAACGAUGUAAAAGUGAUCAUUAUUCGAAUCACUAUAAUGCAGUGCAUCGAUCCGAAGAGAGAAAACGUCGGACUGCUGCUUCUUGAAGACGAGAUGAUAUAAUUCAUACGACUCGAUUAUUCGGCUCGUUAUCAAACGUUAUAAAAUAUCGUGGACUUUCAACUUUUAGUUUAAUAGUGACUGUGGCGUUAUCAUUUUGCCGAAUGUCGAGGGAAGGAGGGAAAAUAAAUAAGCGAGUAAUAAUAAACGGUGCGAUCUCAUUAACUCGUGCUCAGAACGUCUCUCGUGCUUGUGGAGAACCACGCGACUAUUUGUCUCGUCGCGUACACCUUAUCAUCCGUCUUGUAAAUUCAUUCACAUUCGUCUCGUAGCGUGGCUUCUCUCAUUCAAAAAUCUUCUAUCUGAGGAUAACGUAAGCGGUAAUCAGAUAAGUAAGACAUGGUCGUCCCUACAGAGAAUGCCCUUCACGAGGCGAUUCAAGUAGCACCUUUGGUGCUUUCGGACAACGUAAAGCGACAUAAGAUUGAGCAAAAACUGGCACGGCUACAAUUUUCGACUACAAUUGUGAAGAAUAUCCAAGAUGUGUUUGAAUCGGAAAUGAAUAAAGGAAUUCAUCAGCAACCAUCGUCAUUGCAGAUGGAAAAUACUUAUGUUCCAGAACUUCUCGAUGGCACAGAAAAGGGCUUAUAUUUGGCAUUGGAUCUUGGAGGAACGAAUUUCCGAGUUCUUCUUUUAGAAUUGGAUCAUGGUAUACCUAAACGAGAAGAAGUGAAGAAAUAUCACAUUAGCUCUGAUUUGAGAGUUGGUUCGGGGAUUCGUCUGUUUGAUUAUCUAGCGGAAUGCGUUAGUGAUUUCGUCAUUGCACAGGGUCUUCAAGAUGUAGAGCUUCCCCUUGGAUUUACAUUCUCUUUCCCGAUGAUUCAACAUUCAUUAGAUAUUGGAAUAUUAGUGACUUGGACUAAAACUUUCAAUUGUCCCGAUGUUGUUAAUGAAGAUGCCGUGAAAUUAUUGCGCGAAGCUUUGGAUCGUCGAGGAGAUACUAAAGUGAAAGUCGUAGCAAUUUUGAAUGAUACUACAGGAACACUUGUACAAGGAUCAACGUUGGAUCCUGAUACAGCAAUUGGACUUAUAUUAGGUACUGGUAGUAAUGCUUGUUAUAUUGAACGAGCUGAUAGAGUUGAGCACUGGGAGACUGAGAGACAUGGAGAACGUCAAGUUAUUAUCGAUAUUGAAUGGGGUGCAUUUGGAGACAAUGGUGUAUUGGAUUUUAUCAAGACAGAUUUCGAUCGUGAAAAUGAUGCAAAUUCGCUUAUUGUGAAUUCUUUUACGUUUGAAAAAUAUAUUAGUGGAAAAUAUUUGGGCGAGAUUGUAAGAGUGGUACUUGCAAAAUUAUACAAAGAUGGCCUUCUAUUCAUAGGAGAUCAUACACCUGGAUCUCUUUUGGUUCCCGGCAAUCUUACCAGCGAUUUAGUAUCUGAUAUUGAACAAGACUCUGUAGAUGGUGAUUAUAAUAAUACGAAGGAAAUUUUAAUGAAGUUUGGUAUCAUUCCGGAUAAAGAUGACGUAAAAAUUGUACAAUAUGUUUGCGAAGUAGUAUCUAAUCGCGCAGCUCUUCUUGUUUCAAUAUGCCUAGCAGUUUUGUUAAAGCGAAUUGAUAGAAAACAUGUCACAAUCGCUGUAGACGGAUCUCUAUACAAACAUCAUCCUCGACUGGAGACAUGGAUCAAACAGUACAUUCCAUUAUUAGCUCCUGAUCAUAAAUUCAAGAUGAUUCAUGCUGAGGAUGGAAGUGGGAAAGGUGCUGCACUUGUUGCCGCAAUUGCACAAAGACUUCAGAAUAGAUUAGAUUAGUAGUAACAGAAAAUUUCAAAUACGCUGGCGUAUGUUUCUUGUUAGUUGUGUAAAUGAUUUGCACCAGAUCUCUAGUUAAGCAAUUGUUCAGAGUAUAGUAUAAUUUUUAAAUAAUGUACAGUCACAUUCUCUAUGUUAAUAACAUCAUCGUUGUCAUUUUCAAUCUUCCAUAUUCAAAGAGUUUUUAGAUAUAUUUUUAUUCAUAUUUUUAAAGUUAUUGCAUAUAUAAAUUGUUAUAGUGAAAAUAUUCUAAUUGAAAGCAUUUCAUUAUUCACUUUGAAUCAUGUAGUGAUAUUUAAGAAAGAGAUAAAUUUAUAAAUUGUAUUUUUAUGAAAAAAUCUUUAGAAAAUAUAAUUCCUAAAAGGAAUUGAUUUUAUCAUGCGUCUUUGCAUGUUUGUACAUUUUUCUUAAAAUGCUAGAAUUUUACAACGUUUUUGGAAAUCAUAUUCUGAAUGUUUAUGUUCGAAUAUUAGAAAUCAUUCUUUUUACAUUGCUCCUAUAUUCUAAUAUUCGUGUUAUUAUUAAUUAAAUAGUUCUUUUUUAUCAUCGAUACAUAAGAUCAAUUUGAUCUUACUUAUUGAAAAUUUUUUCUCGCAAUUUAGGAAAAGAAAGUAUAUCUCAUAAAUUGAUAUUUAUAAAAUACCAGAAUUUAAUAACUUUUAUAGGAAGUAUUAUCUUAGUCACUGAAUUAUUAUAAAAACUUAUAUAAUUUAAAAGUGUCAAAAAUGGGUCACUUAUUGUUAGUACAUUAUAAUAAAUGUGAUAUGUAUGAGUGUAAUUGUAUAUUGUUUAAAAGAAGAUAUAUUCACAAUUAAUGUUGUGAAAGUGAAUAUAUCUCGAGUAUUGUAUUCACGUUAAGAGCGAAAGAAUCGUGAUAUGGAUCACUAAAUAAAGGCACUGAAAUAAAAAGACAGGAAAAUAAGUACAAAAUAAGAAAAAAAUGGCGUAAGCAUUCGAGAACACAAAUGUUUGUAUAAUAUGUUGUUAUAUCUUGUAAAUUGCGAGGAUAUUCGGUUUUUUGUACUAGCGGAAUGAGAUUAUUAUAAUAAAAUUUGAAGUGAAAAUCAAGAAA